AUGGCUUGUAUGUUUCUCAAUUCUUUCAAGUUUUAUGGAGUUUAUGCAACUAUAAUUAGUACAGUGUUCGGAGUGAUACAGAUUGUUCUUUAUGUAUUAACAACACUUGGAGCAGCGUAUGGAUUAUACGUAUUGACUUUUGCAAUUUACUUUGCUAUAGUAGUUUACUCUUAUGCACAGAGAAGAAAAAGUGAAGAAGAUGCUGCUGCUGCUGCUCCAUACAGACAACCUGUUGUAUAUCAUCCAUACGUUGUAGGCAUGACGAAUGUAGUACCGGCUACUGCUAGUAAUCAUCCAUACGGAGUAUUCAUGACGAAUGUAGAACCAGUUACUGCUAAUAAUUAUCCAUACGGGCAAACUACAAUUACGAAUAUAUCGACAGCUGCUGAUACUAGUUCAUAUAGACAAACUAAUCCAGUCACUGUUGAUAAUCAUCCAUACGGACAAACUAGUGAUGAUUUGAUAAGGAGCGUACCAGUUACUAUUGAUGUCCAUCCAUACGGACAAACUAGUGAUGACUUGAUGUCGAACAUACAAGCUACUGCUGAUGACCAUCCGUACGGACAAACUAGUGAUGACUUGAUGGCGAGCAUACAAGCUACUGCUGAUGAUCAUCCAUACGGACAAACUAGUGAUGACUUAAAUAUGAGUAUAUCGGCCGCAACUAGUGAUGAUACUAAAACGAUUGAUGACAUUAAAACGAACGAUGAUAUUAAAAUGAAUGAUGACAUUAGAAUGAAUGAUGACAAUAAAAUGAAUGAUGACGUUAAAAUGAAUGAUGACAUUAAAAUGAAUGAUGACAUUAGAAUGAAUGAUGACAUUAGAAUGAAUGAUGACAAUAAAAUGAAUGAUGACAUUAAAAUGAAUGAUGACAUUAAAAUGAAUGAUGACAUUAAAAUGAAUGAUGACAUUAAAAUGAAUGAUGACAUUAAAAUGAAUGAUGACAUUAAAAUGAAUGAUGACAUUAAAAUGAAUGAUGACAUUAAAAUGAAUGAUGACAUUAAAAUGAAUGAUGACAUUAAAAUGAAUGAUGACAUUAAAAUGAAUGAUGACAUUAAAAUGAAUGAUGACAUUAAAAUGAAUGAUGACAUUAAAAUGAAUGAUGACAUUAAAAUGAAUGAUGACAUUAAAAUGAAUGAUGACAUUAAAAUGAAUGAUGACAUUAAAAUGAAUGAUGACAUUAAAAUGAAUGAUGACAUUAAAAUGAAUGAUGACAUUAAAAUGAAUGAUGACAUUAAAAUGAAUGAUGACAUUAAAAUGAAUGAUGACAUUAAAAUGAANAAUGAUGAAAUGAAGACGAAUGAUGAAAUGAAGACAACUGACAACAUAAAAACAAAUGAUGAAUGA